CCGGUGUCGCCAUGUCGGUGCGCGGGAAGCUGAUCGCGGUGCUGGGCGAUGAGGACACGGUGACCGGGUUCCUGCUGGGCGGCAUCGGCGAGCUGGAUAAGCACCGCAAGCCCAACUUCCUGGUGGUGGGCAAGGAGACGAGCGUGGCCGAGAUCGAGGAGGCGUUCCGGAGCUUCUUGAACCGGGAGGACAUCGGCAUCAUCCUGAUCAGCCAGUGCGUGGCCGACCUCAUCCGGCACGCCGUGGAGGAGCACCGCCGGCCGCUGCCCGCCGUGCUCGAGAUCCCCUCCAAGGACCACCCCUACGACCCCAGCAAGGACUCGGUGCUGCGCCGCGCCAGGGGCCUCUUCUCCCCCGAGGACCUGCGCUAGGAGCGGGCUCCCCCGAAACAACCCCCGUGUAGCACCCUUGGAACCCCCUUGGAACUGCCCCGGGGGACAUCAGCCCUGCCCGGGAAACCCAAUUUCUCCCCCCUUGAGGUCCUAAAACCCCCCUGUGGUGUCCUGGACCCCCUCCUCCAGG